GCGAGUGUUGCUGCCGAGCUUUGAUAACCGAGAGGCCGCACAGUGAGAAUCGUCGUCGUCGCCCUCGCUCUCGUCGCCGUCGACAGCGGGGAACAGCCCGUCGAGAGGAGAGGAGGAUUUCGCGUCCGUACGACGUGCCGACGUGCACCUUCGACGGAGAGGCUUCCGCAUCGGGCAACGAAACGUCGUUUCAACCGUCGUCGGAACCCGUCCGUCGAUCUCCCUACGCCGGUUUUCGCGUAGUUCUCUCUUUCCCCCGGUCACUCCUCUCUCUCGUUCGGUCUCUCGCUCGCCCCGUCCGCUCGCAACCCCGUCGUCUUCGCGACGCCCAGCGUCGUGGCACCGCCGUGUACUCGCUCCGGCACACAGAGACACGUAUAACGUUAAACGUACGUCAUUGUGCUACACACGAGUUGCCUGUCAUUCCUCACCGCUCUCUUCUUUCCGUUCUAUCUGUGACUGUCUUUUUUUCCACUGUCCUAUUUCUAUCCGUCGUCCUAUACUCCCUCCUUGCCCGUUAUUUCUCUCUACGUUGCUCCACCGCUCGCUUUAAUUCAUCCGUUCUCAAUCGCUCCGAUCUCUGCGUCCGUACAGUACUUUUCGCGGUGCGUGAAGGGAACGAGAGAGGUGUGCCCCCUGCUCCAUCUCCCAUCGGGGUCUCGAGAAAGCGGACGAAGGGACGAACAGCUCGGAGACGGACAGUCUCUGACGUACGCGUGACUCUCUCCUUUCCUCCGAAGGACGUCCCGUCAGUCAAGGGCGACCGUCAUUGCUCGCCUAUUACCGCGACCGGUAGCCAGCCCUCCAGGAUACUUCCGGAAUCUGGAACCCAGUCGUCGAAGCUACCCCGGCUCGUGGUACCCAGGAAUAUUGCUGGGGAGGGAGUGUAACGAGUAACCAGCAAUGAGUACCACGGACCCCACCGGGGAGGGUGGAGGAGGGGGAGGAGGAGGGGAGGGUGCCACGACGACAAAUGUCGAGCAGACUGCAUCCCCGAGCACGCCGAUCGCCGGCACCACGGUGCCGGUGGUGCAGGCGGCCGUUCAACAGCAACAGCAACCGCAACAACAUCCGCCGCCGUCGCCCCUGAGCGGUUGCUACCUUCUGGUGGUGCUUCCUGAGCCUCACACCGCACAACACAAGGACCUCAUCCUGAACCGCCUCGCGAAAGGUUUUCUAUCAUGGGAUAAAGACAGUUGUCACGUAGAUCUCGAGAAGGAAUUAUUGGCCUUAGUAGCGCAAGCCCCUGAAGGCGAGGAAGCCAGAAACGGCGAAAGGUUGAUCCAAUAUGCCACCGAGAAUCUCGUAACGGAAGUUCUCAUUCACCCGCAAACGAAUACAUUGUUACAAUGUAUUCGCAAUCUCCUUGCGAGCUUCACGAAACAUCGGCACAUCAUACACGCUGGAUACACAUUCGGUGGCAAUGGUUCCUGGAUACUGCAGGAUGGAACCUUCAGUCUCGCAGACUUUCUGGAUGCGUUCAGUGAACAUGAGGUGCAAAGAGUCCUUCGUGCCUAUGAGAAUAGCGUUACCGUAGAUAUACAUUGCGCGGGUGUCGGCGAUUGGACGACAAGUCGAUUAUCGAAGGAAGUUUGUUGCAGAUCUUGCAGAGUCAGAGUGAACCCCGACGACGUUCUCACAGCCGGCGUACCGGCCAUCACGAGUUUUACGAAUUACAUCGGGCAGUACCUCGUGCCGCAAACACUGGACCAGCUCAUGGAAUCGUCCGACGUCGUUGGAAAUAUUAGAUUUAGCCAUCCGACCUUAUACGUCUUCCCCGGUGGGCAAGGUGACGCCGCGCUUUUCGGUAUAAACGGCUUCAACAUGCUCGUCGACGGCGGCUUUGCCAGGAAAGCAUGCUUCUGGGAUUUUACUAGACAUCUGGAUCGAUUGGAUGCUGUUCUAGUCACUAGGAUAAAUAAUAGUAACAUCGGCGGCAUGUUCAGCGUUCUUCGCAAGAAGAAGGAGAUGCACGUCUACCCUCAGAUCGGCCAUUUCUUCUGUAACUUAGUCGAAAGAAGACAAUCAAAUUCACCUGAUGGCGAUAAGGACAUCGAUCCGCUCGUGCUCAACCUCACUGACAUUGGCCAAGAGAUGGUGGUGAAUCUUCGUCACAUAAAUCUCCGUGCCCAUCCUUGCUACAGAGAUCCUGAGCCGAUCAAUCUAUAUCACAAGGUGGGCCACGGCACGCUGGACAUGUACGUGCUCAGUCCGAGCAAGGACAGUCGCGAGGUGCGCGAGUUCCUCGCCAAGUGGCACUCGUCGGACUCAAAGCUGUUCGCAGGCUCUCACAAGAAGGAUUCGAAUAAUCUCACAUUUCCGAUCCAGAAUCUCGUGUCGAUAUGCGCGCUUUUGGUUUGGCAGCCAGCCAAUCCCGAGGACAAUAUUACGCGGAUUCUCUUUCCCGGCAGCACGCCGCAACACAAGAUCUUCGAAGGUUUCGAACGACUGAAACAUCUUGACUUCUUGAAGCAUCCGGUAUGUUCGGCGAAGACCCUGUCGCCGUCAGUGUCUCUGGCGACGCUCAGAGAUAAGCCAGCCAAGCCGAAAUUCAGUCUUAUCGAGAAGGAGUCCAAGAGGAAAGAAAAAAGAGAGCCAUCGGAACCCAAAUCCAUCAAGGCCGCGGACGACACGACUGCACCCAAGAGUACCCCUCAAUCGACGCCGAUUAUACCGACCAAACCUAAGAUCGAAAUAAAAACGAAGAAAGUUGUGGAGAACAAGAAGCUCGAGACCGAGGCAAAGGAGAGUAAGAAGAUCGAAAAGGAAUUGAAAGAGGUAAAGAAUAUACCGAAAAAAGAACCAGCUAAAGUGGAAAAACCUGAAAAACGAGAGGAUGACGUGAAAAAGACUGAUUUAAUCAAACCGGAGUCCGAGAAGGCUAAGGAAUCUAAAGAACCUAAAGAACCGAAACCUAAACCCGAACCAAAGAAGAAAGAACCGAGAGAAAGCAAGGCCGCGGUGAAGGUCGAAUUAAAGAAGAGCGACGUAACCUUGAAACCGAAAAUGAGCGAGAGGAAAGCCAAAGCCCUCUCGUCCGGCGCGGAGAAAAGAGACGCCAUGAAGUCCUCUCCGACUACCCCGAAGAAGACUUUGAACGGCGCUGCAACAAAGACAGAGAUAUCGAAGGCUGUGCCGAAGGCAAAACUGGCGGCCAAGGUCGCUCCAAGUCUUCCAGCUAAGAGCGCCAAGGAGGCCAACAAUAGGAAAGUCGUGGAACAAAAGAAGUCCGAGGUCGAGAAGUCCGCCGUGAAGGAUACCGCGGCGCCCGCCGUCAAGGUAUCCGCGAAACCUAAGCCGAUAGACAGGAAGCCGAUCAGCCGUCGCGCGAAACCGGUCAGUCCUAACAAAGCCCGUAUGCCGGGCAGCCCGGCAAAAUCUACCCGCAGUACUCCAACCGCUUCUGUAAAGUCCGAUAAAGACGGCGUUAUUCGCAAAGUGAAGGGCGACAAAGGCACCACCGAUUCGUCCACGGUCUCCACCCCGUCUGGCAUAGAACCAGAUGCCGCAAAACCGAUCGAUAAGAGCUUAGUCGAACAAUCUGAAGAUAUAUCACUAGAUUCUAUAGAAAGUAAAGUGCUGGCAGAUCUCAAGGAAGAGCGAGAGGUGGUGGAAGAAAUUGAAGCUGUUUUACAAAAAGCGGAAAGAAUCGGGGAGACCCGAAAGGACGAUCGUUUCGAGGGAGAUGACGAAAUCACGGCUGAGGCCACGGAUAAAAAAGAGGAGGAUAUCACGGAGGAGGAUGUCACCGCUGAGAUUGAGGACGUACCUAAGAAGGAAGGUUCUAGAAAGGAGAGUCAAGAAUUAACUGAGGAGGACGAGUAUCUCAUCGUGGAGAAAGAAGAGGUUUACACCGAAGAUUCUGCUCAGAGCGGCGAGGGCGAACAAAAGCACGUUCUCGACGAAGCUCAGUCGGAAAAGGCAAAGACGCUGAAAGACGUAGAGGCGAUGAAGGAAAAGGGCGAGAAGGAGGAACCUGAGGAGAAGGGAAAGGACGACAGCCCCGAAAAGAAGGUAGAAAAGAUCGUGGAUAAAAAGGAGAAAGAAAUCGCUGGAUUAUCCUCGGAGCAUAAGGAACAGUUACAGGAAGAAGUGAAGGAGAUAAUAGCUUCCGCAGCUGAAAUCGUACAAAAAGCCGAAGAGAAGGACGACUCCGGUAAGAAAGACAGCGAGGAAAUCACGAAGGAGCCAUCCAGUCUAAGUCCGGACAAAUUGGAUUCAUCGGAGAAAAAAACGACCGAUACGGACAUGAAGCCGGACGUUGAUCAGAAGGAGAAUAAUAUUCUCGAAAAGAUGGAAGAGUCUCAGGAGCGAAUCUCGACGAUAGAAUCAGGGGCAACUACAACCGCUCCGACUUUGCCUGAAGACGAGCGAAUACCGUUAGAUGAAAUAAAAGAGGAUAUUGACGAGAAACAUGUUAUUGAAGAGGUAAAGGAGAAGGACGCUCCUGAUAAGCUGAAGAAAGAAGUUGUUCCGGAAACUGUUCCUGCGCCUGCCAAGCCGGAAGUCAAGGUAUUUGAUGUUCGUCAAGCAAUGCACAAUUUGCAAAGAGACAUCGUUAAAACACCCGACGAAGUUGCCGAUCUUCCGGUUCACGAAGAGGUCGAUCCUAAACUUUACAGAAUGGAAGAUUUCGAGAAGGGGAAAGAGGAAAAGCCAUCGCCGACUGCUCAGGAGAGUAAAGAACCACCUACGCCGACCGCAAAGGAGCAAAAGGGUGUCUUCAGCUUCUUCGGGAAGGUAGCGGAUAAAUUUGAAAAAGGUAUUGAUAAAUUGACUAAGAAGAAGAAAGAUUCCGAGAAGGAUUCUGACGAAAAAUCUUCGAAAUCGAGUUCUCCGAAAGAACCGAAAGUGCCAGAGAAGACGCUUUUAGAGGAAGUCGAUAUGGAGAAGAUGUUCCCUAAAAUCGGUAAAGAAGAAGUUGAUAUGGAAAAGAUGUUCCCUAAAAUCGGUAAGCCCGUUGAAAAACCUGACACGUUCGAAGAGGCGAAACCCACGAUUGCUGACGUGAAAGUGGCCGCUAUCAAGGAAACCGCGGCGUUUAUCCAGGGGGAGAUACUAGACACACAGAGGCAAAGUGUGCCAGAUAUUGAAGAGAAAUUCCCGACUGAUAAAUUGGAUGAGAUUAAAAAAGUAGAAGACAAAAUCGAGGAAUUAGUCCUUGCAAAGGACGUAUCACCACGUGCCGUUUCACCGGCGAAACCAAUUAAAGACAAGGAAAUUGCGAAGGAAAUUGAACUUCUGAAGGAAGAGGACAUCGGAGAAGAUGUAGAAGAGGUAAAGGCACUAUUAGAGGAAGCUUCGAAAAAAUUCAAAACUGUAAAAGAUAGUUUAAGAGAUUCAUUGGAAUCUUUGGAGGAUAAAAUUAAGGAAGAGAUAGCCGAAGUACAUGAAGUGCCAUCUGCCUUAAAGGAUGCGGUAAAGGAUACCUUGGAAGGGGUGGCCGAGAAGUUGGAAGAGAUAAAGCCACACAGUCACUUGGCCGAUGUAAAAGAACCGGAAAAGGUCAAGUUUGACAUACCAAAAGAUGAAGAAUUCGAAAAUGAAUACGAAGAGGAGAUAGAAGGGCCAUACAGAGAUAUGAAAGAAGCCGUCAGGGAUGUCGGAGAAGUUCUUGCUGGCGUUGCCGGCAUCGAGCUCGAAGAUAAACCCAAGGAUGUCAUAGAAAUCGUAAAGAAAGUCGCCGAGGUUCUCAGAGAAGAUGAUUUUCUUCCCGCCGAAGCGAUAUUCGAUCAAGCCCCUAAGAAAGAAGAGAUCUCACCAAUUUCGACAGAUAGAAAACUAUCGAAAGAAGAAAUCUCUCCAAUUUCGAUGGAAAGAAAACCUUCUGUACCAAGUGAAAAAAUAUCCCCGGAAAAGAUCGCUAAAUUUGGAGAAAAGGAACUUAAACUCGCUCAUGAGGAUAUUGCGAUACCGAAGAAAGUCGGCGUUACAGAAGUAUUUCCGGCUCACGAAGAACUUAUCGAGAAGCCUGGAAAACUUCUGGCGCCACAUGAGAAACCUGGCGCUAUCGAGGUAAAGGAAGAACCCUGCAUAAAAGUGGUGAAGGAAAAAGACGAUAUAGUAACGUCGCCUGCGAAGGAUGUAACGAGGGAUAAGCGGGACGCGCAAAAGAUUUGUACGGAAAUGUUAAAAGACGAUCAGCAUAUUUGCGAUCAACAUAAAAAACCAACGGACGACGAUACGUCUCGAGUGGACGUGAUGCAGGCUGGUAUCGAGGGCAUAUGCGUGAAGAAAGUUGCGAAACGGCCAUCUUUCGAGGAGAAGCUCGAAGAAAUAGAGGAGCCCGUGAUCGGCUUCGAGCAAAAGGUUUCGCCGGGAAAAGCGGAGAUAGUAAUGGUGACUCCCGGUUCUACGCCAACUUCGCCGAAAUUCGUCGGGGACAAGAUAUACGCUGAAGGACUGGAGAUCGGCUUUCGGGAACCCCCCAAGUUGCCGGAGGAUAUUAAGCAAGUUCUCAGCAGGGACGCGCCCGUUGAAGAAGUAAUUGAGGAAUUAAUUAUUACGAAGAAGAAGAAGAUUACCAUCGAAGUGAUCGAAUACAUCACCGUGGUGAAACGCAUCCCGAGGGAACGCGUGAUUUAUAUUAUCGAAGAGAUCAUCGUGAAGAAGGGACUUCCCAAGGAAAGCGUAGUGGACGAUCUCGAGAUUCUGAAGCCAAAGGAAUCUAUCACACCUGAAAAGAGAAUGGAGAUCGAGGAAUACAUCGUUAACGAAUACAUCGUCAAAGGAAAGCGAAUUACUAUAGAAAUCGUCGAGGAAAUCUCGAUUAAAAAAGUUGUGCCUAAGAAGAUUGUUAUCGAAAUUAUUGAAGAGAUCAUUGUUAAGAGAAAGAGUGCCAGGCAUAUGAUACUGGAUAUUCCUGAAGAAGUAUUAUCGGAAAUAAUUAAAGAGGAAUCGCCGGAAGAAUCGUCAGAACAAUCGGCAGAGGAGCAGAUAACACCGAAAAUAGACAUAACUGCGAAACGAGAAUCUGUCGCUGAGGUUGUUCUAUCCACAGAAAGAGAACCGAUUAUGCCUCAGAAACGAACAGAGGUUGAGGAAUUCAUCGUCAAUGAGUACAUUAUUAAGGGGAAAAAGAUUACCGCAUCGACAAUCGACGAAAUUUCUGCUCAGAAGACCGUGCCCAAGCAAAUUCUCAUCGAAAUUAUCGAAGAAAUUGUUAUUAAAAGAAAGAUUCCCAGGAACAUGUUACUCGACGUUACAGAGAAAGAAUUAUUAGCAAUAUCCAAAAAGACACCCGAGGAGGGGAAAGAAAAAUCAGUCGUUGAGGCGCCUAGCGUGGAAAUCCCGAAAAUGGAAGAACCGAUAACUUCGCAAAAAAGAGCGGAAGUCGAAGAAUAUAUUGUUAACGAAUACAUUACCAAAGGGGAUAACAUUAACGUUAAAAAACUUGAAGAAAUCUGUGGUAAAAAGAAGGUGCCUAAGAGAAUCAUUAUCGCGAUUAUCGAAGAAAUUAUCAUUAAAAGAAAGAUGCCGAGACAUGCAGUACUUAACGUAACCGAGGAAGAAUUAUCGCGUAUCAAGGAGGAAGUGAUCCCAGAAUCGCAAAUACUGGCUGAGAAAAAAACUCCAAUUGAGUUGAAAGAAGACAAAAAAGAAGAGCUCGAACAAGAAAGUACUGAAGAGGAAUUAUCGGCCAUGUCUGAAGAGGAGGAUGUCGAGGAGGAGGAAGAGGAAGUGGAUGGAUUUGUCAGUAUACCUAGAAAGAUUUCCGAUGCAGUUGACGCGAAGAAGAAAACGAUCCCAGAACUUUCGUCUAUAGUUACGAAGGAGCACGAGAAAGACGUGAUUGACGAUUUCGAAGCUGUCGAACAGGAAUAUAAAGUACGCGAUGUACCAGUCACGUCUCCCGAGAAAGCGGACGAGAUGAAAGAGAAAGAGGACACUGAAGAAGCCGCAGAAGAUACCACGAGCGAAGUUAUCGAGGCGGACGAGAAAUUCGUGCAAGAAACCAAAGGGAAGGUGGGAAUAGAAGAACCUCAGAUCGCGAAAGAUAUUAAACCAGCUGAGAAACGAGAACCUGAAAAACGGGAAACGCCCGAGAUAUCGGAAAUCGUUGAUACCACAGAGAAAUAUUUAGACGAGGCUAAAGAAAAGACAGAUGCCAUUCUUCUGAAAGAGACUACUGCGAAAUCGAUACCAACAGUCUCUGACAAAGCAGAAAAGCCUUUGAUCGAAGAAUCAGGUAGGAAAACAUCCAAAGACUUUUCCGAUAAACGACCAUCAAUUGACAUGCCAGAAGCUAUUUCUAAAUCAACUACACCAAGCCCGAAGGCAAUUGACGAGAAGCUUGGCAUGAAAGAGAUUGAGCCCGUGGCCAAAGAAAAAGUCGAGGAACCGCAACUUGAAACAAAGGAUGAUAAAUCAAAACCAACAAGUCCAAUUAAAGGCGAAAUAUUGAAAGAUACUGUGCAUCCUGAAAAAGUUGCUGAAGGCUUCGCACAACCAACAUUACCAGCACACGUAUCUUCAAAAAUUGACGACGGCACUGUCAAAAGGAUGCUGGUUACAUCAUGUAGCGAGGAUGGCAGAGAAGAAACUGAGAUCUGUCCAACCGGCAGCAUAAUCUUCACGAAGAGCGUCACUCCGGAUGAUUCUCUUAAGGAUGUAUCCGCUAAAUCCACACCGAAUAAAGAUUCUUUACUUUUAGAUAAGGACUCGCAUUCGGGCGUGAGUACUCCCGAGAAGGAUAGCAUUUCCGAAAAAUCUGCGCCAGAAGGUAAGGAUAGGAUUAGUCCGGAAGAUAGUUUGGAAAAAUCACCCGUUGGUCCUCGUGAUUCGCAGGAUCUUGAAGACAGUUUGGAAAAAUUGGAAUUGCGUAAGCCAAAGGUGCCAGAAAAAUUAGAAGAUAUUGCAAAGCCGAAAUCUCCCGUGGAGAAAGAAGACUUGAAGGAUAAAAUUGCCGAAAAAGAUAUACCGAAGUCGCCUAAGGAGGAACGAGAAGAACCGAAAUCUCCUGUUAAGGAUGUAGGAGAGACAAAGGAAUUGAAAUCUCCGGCUAAAGAUAAGAUCGAAAAACCUGGUUCUCCUGUUGAAAAAAUCGAGAAAUCACGAUCUCCUUCCCCGCUUGAAGUGAAACGUGAAGAUCUACAAAAACCAGGAUCGCCUCUUGAUAUGACAACGCAAAAAUCUCCGAUAGAAACAGCCGAAAAACCAAAACUUCCAAUCGAGAAGGUGCUUCCAGAACCCAAAAAAGAAGGAACAAUUGGUGUUCCGAAGACACCCGAAUCAUUCCACUCAGAGGAUAUUUCACCAGCCGAGACGAUUUUCUCAAAGUCACCCACAGAUAAAUCUGAAAUGUACUUUGCGAAGGCACCCAUUACCGAAGAAGACGUUGCUGUCGAAGAAGCAAUUAAAAAAUUACCUGAAUCCAAAAUUGCCACAGACGUUAAACAACUACAGAAGCCAGAAGAGAAGGAACCGGUGGAUAAAUCUAGAUCUGCGAGUAUUGCUAGUGAGAAAUCCGAGCAGGAUAUUAAAUCUCUCGAUAAGUCUGCUAGUGUUCUAAGUGAUAAAGACGAGAAAGAAAUUGAUAAGCCGAAAUCGCCUAGUGUCAUUGAGAAAGAAACGAUAAGUGAGAAGUUGCCUAUUUUCGAGAGUGAACAUGAAAAGGGACCAAUAGACGAAGCUAGAUCUCCAAGCGCGAUCAGCGAUAAAUCCGACGAGAGGAAGGAGGCCGAACGUUCGAAGUCGCCGAGCAUAGCCGCGGAUAAGCCGGAUCUUCAAGAUGUGACGGAGCGUUAUUUAGAGAAACCAAAGUCCCCUAUUUUUGAUAGGCCAGAUUCGCCUAAAGCUAUUGAUAAGACUGAAGAAUCACAUGAUAAAGAUAGAUCUCCCAGUAUAGCUAGUGAUAAAUCAGAUAGCAAGAAAGUAAGUGACCAUUCUAGAUCACCAAGCGUUUCUGUAGAAAAAAUAGAUCUCAAAGAUAUGGAUUUGCCAGGCGAGAGAACCCGAUCGCCUAGUGUCGCAAGCGUUAAGGAUGACAAACUGGAACACUCCGCAGUAGCAAAAUCCCCCGACGACAAAGCCGAAGUACCAAAGGACGUGUUGAAAUCUCCGAAGCUUGACGAAGAUAAAUCGGAUCUGAAAGAUAUAAUGCAACCUCCAACAGACAAAUCGCGAUCACCGAGUGUGACGAGCGGUAUUGGCGAAUUUAAGGAACCAGCUCGUUCGAAGUCACCGAGUGUCGCUGAUGAAAAACCAGACUUGAAAACUGUUACCGAACAAUCGGUUGAUAAGUCAAGAUCACCGAGCGUUAUAAGCGUCACGAGCGAGCAAAAGGAACCAGUUGACCGCUCCAAGUCUCCGAGCAUCGCAGGAGAAAAAAUAGAUUUGAAAGAUGUCGCGGAACCUGCAGAUCGCUCGAAAUCGCCAAGUGUAACUGGAGAGAAGCCGGACUUGAAGGACGUCACGGAGCGACCUGAUGAAAAAUUAAAAUCACCCACCGCGAUGAGUGCUACGAGUGAUCUGAAGGAACUCGAAGAACAAUCGAAAUCGCCGAGCAGUGAUCUAACAGACAUUACAGAACGAUCGUCGAUGGAUAAAUCUAAGUCACCUAGUAUCGCGAGUAUUACAUCUGAUCACAAGGAACCAGUGGAAAAAGUGAAAUCGCUUACAAUCCCGGAUAAAAAGGAAGAAGCCGAUAGAAGCAAAUCGCCGAGCAUGGCCAGCGAAGGGGCGAAGUCAGCCGUUAGCUCUAAACCGUCGAGUAUCGCUGGAGAUGCGGCGGACUUGAAAGACGUAUUGGAACCGUCGGCUGACAAGUCCAGAUCGCCUAGUGUGAUAAGCGCGAUGAGUGACCAAAAAGAACCGAUCGAAAAACCGAUAUCUCCCGUAAUUCCUCACAAAACAGAAGAGCCGCACGACAGGAGCAAGUCUCCGAGCGUGGCAAGUGAAAAGUCUGACGAGAAGAAAUCUGCCGAUGGCUCGAGAGCGACCAGUGUUACGGAGGAAAAACCAGAUCUGAAAGACUUAAUGGAACUACCAGCCGAUAAAUCCAGAUCGUCAAGCGUCGCGAGUGAGAAAGCGGAAUUAUUGGGAAAAUCGACAUCGCCUACCGUCUCUGAUAAAUUAGAACCACCUGUUGAUCGAAGCAAAUCUCCCAGUGUUGCUAGCGAUAAGUCCGAUGACAAGGCUAGCGUCGAAGAACAUUACGAAAUACACGACAGACCGGUGUCCCCAAGCAUUGUUUUUGAUAAGUCGAUGGACGAUAAGCAAUCAAUGGAGAAAAUAGAUAUCGACGGAUUAAAAAUAUCCGGCAUAAUCGGCGAGUUGGAUUUUGUCGAGAAGGCAAGAUCGUUAAGCAUCAUUAGUGACAAGACGGAGCCGAAAUCGCCAUCCGAUGUCUCAAAGUCACCGAGUUCAGCCGACGACAAGCACGAUCAAAAGGAAAAAUCUAGAUCGUCGAGUGUUGCCAGCGAGAGGCUCGAUGAUACUGACAUCAAGAUUUCGCAAACACCGGAAGCGAAGGGAGAACGAUUAAUUUCGUCGAGUUUGGAAGCCGGAAAGGUACCGAAAGACGAAUCUGCUAAAUCGUCACGAGCUAGUUCGCCAGUGGACAAAACUCCAAAAGAUAGAUCGCGUUCGCACAGUGUCUUCGAUGUUGGCGAGAAAACACCGGCCGGCAGAUCUAGAACAGCCAGUUUUGUCGAUGGACAGCUGCUUCCUCAAGCAGAAAAGGACGCUCUUGUCUCGCAUCUCGAUAUGGGUAAACCACUUGACGGGAAGGACGAAUGUAAGAAAGAAAGCAAGAGUCCUAUAACUUCCCCCGACUCAAUCGAGAAAAAAAUGCAGAAGAUUCGCGAGAAACGAUUUGCCGAUUUUAAAGAACCGGACGUCGGGCAGCCGAGCAAGAUAGAGAAAUCGGACGACGAAGAGGAAGACGUCGUUAAAGUGACAGCCGAGAAAAAGGCGGAGAUUGAGAAGUACAUUUUAGAUGAAUUCAUUGUGAGAAAACGAAAGAUCAGCUUGACAGUGAUUGAGAGAUUGGUUAUGAUGUAUUCGGUGCCCCAGUUUACAGUGAUGGAGAUAAUAGAAGACAUCAUUAGCCGGGAAAACGUACCCAGGAGCGCAGUCUUCGACUUCGUAGACGACGAAGCCUCCGAAUCUCAAUACGGAAGAGAACCGGAAGCGGAAUGGCUGGCACCGCAGGAAAGAGCGGAGGUAGAAGAGUACAUUAUUGAAGAGUUUAUUGCGAAGAAAAAGAAAAUCACGCUGGAAGCCUUGGAAGAAUUGAUUAUUUUUAAAUCCGUGCCACGAUACAUUCUCAUUACAAUUAUUGAAGAGAUCAUUGUGAAGACGAAGACACCCAGGAACACCGUAAUCGAAGGCGACUUAGAGAGACCCGGAGAAAAGAGUCUGGAUAUUUUUGAAAAAAAAGAAAAGCCAGGUGACACUGUAAGAAGCGAAAGUCCGGAUGGUAAGAUAUCUCCUGUAGGGAGCGAUCGAUUUGGCAGGGACUCGAAAGCGGGGCUUUCUGCUAGCCCCAGCUUGAGUCCGGAACCCAUCCCUUCCGACAAAUCGACCCAGGAUAGUCCGGCUCGAUCGGAACCGCACAUAGACGAGGAAAUCCUGAUAUCGGAAGAAAAGCGAAUGGAAAUCGAGACGCUCUUGGACGAGGAAUAUAUAAAGAAAGGAAAGAAGAUCACGGAGGCGAUACUCGAGGAGAUAAUCGUUAAGACUUCUCUACCCAGAUACGUCAUCUUAGAGAUCCUGGAGGAGAUCAUACUGAAGAGGAAGCUUCCGAGAGAAUCUGUGAUCGAUGUGGAAAUUUAUCAAGAGGAAGAACCGGACGAGGAUUACGAUAAGGCAGUGUAUCACUUUGAAGAAACGGCAGAUUAUGAGUUGCCGCGCGAUGCCAGGAAGUCUUCGGUCGAGUACAGAAUGGGGAUGUAUCCGGAAUCGGGUGAGCGACAGUUAGACAAGCCUGAUUAUCCGACGGAUUACGAUAGCCAGUUCCACAAGACCUUCGCCGGCGGUAUGACGGAGAUGCGAACGACGCAUAUAACCACACUGUCUGGAAAAUCAACCCCAGAAUUUGCACAUGACGCGACUUCCGCAUCCGGAAUCGAAUCAACCGGCAAAGCGCCCGGAAAGUUACCGGAGCCUACUUUGACCACGACUCACAUAACGAGGACGGACGUGAAAGACACGAAGGAUGUGCAACCCGCGGAAAGUGUCACGAUUUUGAGAGAAAGCAAGAUUGCGGAAACUGUCGAUAAAGACGAAGAGACUGCAGGGAUUUCGGCGACGAAGAAACAUGAUAUCGACGAGAGCGGGGAGCCAAAAAUUACAUCUGCUGAUUAUACAGCGGAAUCGGCAACUGAUGCCACGAAGGGAAUCGAAUCACAAGAAAUAGCUAAAGAAGUUAAACGAUCAAGUAUCCAACAAGAUGAGCCCGAAGCGAUUACCAAGAUCAUCAAGCGGGAAAUCGUGGAGCAAGACGAACCGGAAGUGGUCACUAAAGUCGUCAAACGGGAAAUUAUUGAGCAAGACGAGCCCGAAAUUAUCACAAAGGUGAUCAGACGUGAGAUCGUCGUCCCCGAAGAAGAGACGGAUGACUCAAAAGAAGAUUCCAAUGAAUAUGUAAAGACAAUUACGACGAGAACGACGCGAACGAUCGUGACAGAAGAAUUACCGGAUGCCGAAUUGGCGCAGACUGAUCCUUCGAAAAUUUACAGAGAUCUCACCUCGGGUACAACUUACAAGGUUGUGAGUGACGAAGAUGCAUCUGACGCAACGACCAGCGCCGACGUGCAGCGAAUCGUGACAACUGUAACCACGAUCACUGGUCCGGAUGGCAAGGUUAUCACAAAGAAAGAUGUCAAGGAGAGCACGGACACUUUGGCCAGCGCCGAAUUAUUGGAAAAAUUGACGGAAACCACCAAACCUGCGGAGAAGGUUAUCAAAGAAACGAUUACGACUGUGACAUCGGGCACUGCGACACCCGAUGUAAAAGCCUUCUACGAUUCCGGUAAAUCAACACCUGAUCUUAAACAUGACGAUAAACUCGAGUCUACGGUGAAGGAACACUUAGAAGCGGACAAAUUCGAACACCCAGUGUCUCCUUUAAUACGAGAACUUAUAUCUGACGACAAGAGUUAUUCGGGCAAGUCCUCGCCAGACAUAUCGCUGCCCAAGGACAUCGUCUUUAGCGGCAAGUCUACGCCGGAGAUUCCUAUGUCGCCGUUGGUCAGAGAAGGAGCCGCGAUUCAGCCUCACGUAUCGGGUAGAUCAACGCCCGACAGAAGAUCCGACGGUCGAUCGUCGACGGACACACCGGAAGGAUUUAGAUCAGGCGAGAUGAUCCGAACUAUCGUCACGACCACGAAGACGGUGUCCGACGAAGGUGAAAUAGUGACGACCACCAGGGAGGUCACGGAGACGACGAAUGAGAAAGGCGAGACGGUUGUGCUGGCCGAGAAGACCGACGUGAAGGUGGACGAACGUCUGCCGAGCAAAGAUGCCGCGGAGAGCGCGAUCAGCAGCAUCAUCGGUAGCAUUAAGUCUUCGGAGUUGCAGCGUAGCGACAGUCCAGGCUCCGACGACGUAGCCAGCGAAAAGGAUCGCGGUCCGGCUAGUCCACCGAGCGAGCACAGCAGCGUGCGUAGCAAGGCCAUGACACACCCGUGGGGUAGCAGCGAGGAGCGACAUACCUUUUCCGAUGACGAGCCACCCGGCUCACCUUUCUCCUCGACCUCGCAAGUCGGACAUUCAUCGAAACAGGUCGAGUUCUCAACAGCCGCGAUGAGUAGUAGUUUCUACGGCGAGCUGCCAGCGGUGCCGCCCGAGAUUUCCGCGAUGAAGACCUUUCACGGCGAGACUGGUAUACAGAAGAGCGGCGAUCCCGUUCACAGCCGAUUUACGGUCGAAAAGGAGCCUGCCGGCGCUUACGGCGAGAAGCCGGACGCAAAGCGGUACGUCGACGAGGCCGACCUCGACUUCGAUAAGGCUCUGAUGGAGCGCAAAGAGAUGAAGGAGGCCGGAGGGGCUUUCAGCAGCGGGAUAGCGCCCAUAUACACGAACGGUAAUGUGCGACAUGAAGCGGCCGACGAGAAAGAUCAUCCGUCGUCUCUGUUCCGGGAUGACGCUAAGGAUGACUCGAAAGGUGACUCGAAGAAAGAUCCUUUAGAGGGGUGGGGACCUCCUCUCGGUCUGCCGUCCCCUAAACCGCCCAGAAAGUUUAAUCUGAAGAAUCCUGCUCAAUCUCCAUCGUGCUCAAGCGAGACAACCUCUGAUACUCUGAAUUUCGACGUUGUAAAAAAUUGGGGAGAACCUCUAAGGCUACCCUCGCCCGCACCGGUGGCCAACGAAGUGUCGAACAAGGGAGCACCUAGUACACCGAAAAAAGAGCGGAAACAAGCGAAGAAGAUCCAGUCGGAAAACAUCAAGAACAAGAAGCGCUCGGAAAGCCCUGGUAAGAACGAAAAAAAGGUGAAGGACUCGAAGAACAAGGUUCAGCCGGUUUACAUGGAUCUGGCGUAUGUGCCCCAUCACGGAAAUUCGUACUAUACUUCUCUGGAAUUCUUCAAGAGAGUGCGAGCGAGAUACUACGUCUUCAGCGGCACCGAGCCCAGUCGAGAAGUCUACGACGCUCUGCUGGAAGCUAAAAAGACUUGGGAGGAUAAGGAUCUCGAGGUAACCAUGAUUCCGACCUACGACACCGACACUUUGGGCUACUGGGUCGCCGAUAACGAGGAAGCGCUCGCGGCGAAUCACAUAGACCUGUCGCCGUCCGCGUCCCGAUGCACUAUCAAUCUCCAAGAUCACGAGACUAGUUGCAGCGCCUACAGGCUCGAGUUCUAGGGAUUGGCAGCCUGCUCAGCCGUAAUAGUCGAGUUCUGAGCGGCGUCCGGAGCGCGUGAUCAUUUCGCGCUUCCGAACCCAUUUCCCAUUUCGUAAAGGGAAAAAAAGAAAAAAAAAUAAGAAGAUAAAAAGAGAGAGCUCAGACCGACCUACCGUCCCGUCAGGUGAUUCCUGAUCCCCCCCCCCCUUCUAGAAGACCCGAAGACGAACAACAUUUUGAAUUUUCGAGAUUCCCUCGCGGUCGUAGCUCCGCGGCCUAGCAGGAUCGUAGUAAUCCUGUCAAACAAUGUAGAGACAGUCCCGAGGAAGCGAGACCGACUUUCGAUCGCGCUCAGGUCUCAAAAAUUGGGAUUGUUUAAAUCUAAGUUAGAAACGUUCUCCUUAUUCCUUCGCGAGGAGACGGUGCGGGCGACGAGAAGAAGGGAAGAGAGGAGGGAAAAGAUCGCGAGGGUUUCUUUUCCUGCACGGAGAUACAAGGUAUAAAUUAAUUAUUUACUUCUAAGAAGCCGAGAUUAUCGAUAGGGAGAAUUCCACGUUCGAUUGAAGGUUUGCGCUGAUAACAGUCGACGUCCAUCGGAUGUUUAUAUUUUCACACUCUGCACCGUUCGCGGCCCGUAGCGCGCUGAUACCGCCUACAAUACUUAUCGAUCACUGCUCAAAUCGAGAACGUUUUUGCGAAGAUGAAGCUAAAACAAAGAGGGACGAUGGUUGCACGAGCGACGAUCGAUCGCGAAACGACGACGGUCCAUAAGCGCCGCGGUCUGGUAACAAUUUGUUACGCCAGUUAACUGAAAAUUACAAAUUGAUCUUAGGAUAUUCUAAUUUAAAAUCCGUUGAACACGGAUCGUUGAACAAUCGAUGCGAGACCUCCUCGCCCGCAUCCUCUCCUCGAUCAGCAGAUCAAAUUAAGACUUUCAAUAUCUCUGACACAGCUGCCGCUUCAAGAGCACCGCGUAGUACUUAGUGUAUCAGUUUAAAGAAAAAAAAAGAAAAAAAAAUGAGAGAAGAGAAGUACCGCAGUUCAACUUACGCGGGAAGGCAUACAUUGUGAAAGGGACGCGCGUUCGAUAGACGCGCGCGUGUCGAGGGACGGAUUCCAUCGUUCGUGUCGCCGGUGGAUCGUCCUUCAAUAGGACACGUAAGGACGUGUUGCACGACUUACGGAGAACGAUUUACGUUUCACCCGCGAAAUAUUAUUCCUUCGUUGUUACGUGACUAAUAACGGUCCCCUUUCUCGUCGUAAAUGUCUAUUCGUGCAUAGGGUAAAACGGAGCUAAAUUCCAUCGAGAAGUACUAGAGUAGGAAUUUAUCUGUGUGUCGUGUUUCUAUAUCGUAGGGCAUAGAGAUACGCGCGGGCGGAGGAGUGGAUGAUUGCGAGCUUUUGACAGAUUCCGUCGCCGCGUCGUCCGUCGGCGGACGACGCGGCCCGCGCUAGCCGAGGAGUCCGACGAGGAUGAUAUAUCAAAAGAGGUUCGAAGAGCGUUUCGUUGCCGCGAGGAGAGUGCAGGGCGAUGAUGACAUGUCUCAAAACGUCCAUCCGACGGAUAAACAGUCCGAUCGUUUGUUUAAAUUGCCUUCGUAGAAGCCUUUCUUUUCCCGAACGAUACUUCCGGAAAACAGGCGGUUGUAGCACCGAGAAUCUUUUACAGACAUCGAUAUUAUGCGCGCGAGAUUCGCGUGGUGGACGAUGACGUCGUCCUCGUGAGAGAAAUGAAAUCGUCUUGUUCACCUGGCCAUCGUAUUGCAUCGCUAUUCCGGCGGAAACGAAUGUCGGAUACGUCGAAAGCGAUAGUGGAAGGUGUCUUACAGUGAUCGAAUCAUUAUAACGUCGCACAAGCAAUUUUUCAACUCAUCUCACGAUCAGAUAUUGCAGGGAAGCAAUUCGAGGAAAUACCUGAAGACAUCUAAAAAUUUCUAGGAAUUUUCUACAGGAGGGAAUUGUCGGGUGUGAAAAAUAAUCUGUCGAAAAUACGAUUCUUUAAAGGAAGAAUAAUUACAAAAAAAAAACUCGAUGGCGUGAAGGAAAAAUUAUCGUAAAAAAAGGAGAGCGCGUCAAAAGAAACGGACUAAAAUCUCCGCCGCAAGAAGUCACAUCGUCCUCGUAAUGACAAAUCGAACAAAGUUCUAUCUGUCGCGCUAGUAGACAAUCCCAGCGGCGUGAGAAACAUUUGGCCGAUCGCUGUUUUCCGAAGUAUCGAAGUAACGUCUGAAAAAAAAAAACCGAUCGUUAUGAAUAAAUAUAUCCGUUUUCGCAGAUGGAUUUUGCGGUUCGUCGCUGGCUUGAUCUUGAAAUCAGCGAGAAUGUAUUCGGGGGAGGGGGGGUAGGGUUGAUUAAGAUCGAUGAAAACUUUUUGUACUUAACUUUUUCUUAGCUAGGCGUUUUAAGCCAAUGCGUGACGAACUGACAAAACUGAUGGUGACGACUACAACGACGGACAACGAUCUGAUAACACGGAGAGGAAGUGGUGCCGAACAUCGCGCUUAUUUUUGAGACUCUAAAUGGGACAUGAAUGUUUUUAGCAAACCGAUGACAGGCCUUCCAUUCAUUAUUAUCUUACCGGUAGAAGCGUGGAAAGCUGUUUGCCGUGACUUCCUGAUGCAGAAAGGUACACGUUUAUCAGCGAGUCUUCGUGAGGUCAAUGGUGGUACGGUUAAAUUCUGCUCAAACAGCACAAAGAUCCAAAAUAUACGUACAUGACGUACGUAUUACGUAAAGGAUUUCCGGAAAAAUCAAGUUCUUUCGGACGUUUUUUACGACUUUUAGACACUUAUGCUGUCUGGGUGGUGCCCCAUCUUUUCUAAGAGAGACCGAGUCGUACCAAAUAUCUUGACUCUUAACGUUCUUAUAAUUGUACCUUAAAGAAGCCCAUCUAGUGCCGACCCUGCAUGCGUACCCCUAGAUCGCAAUUGUCGCAUGCCGAUGAUAAUGUCAAAUGUCGAUGUAUCGCCUUGAAUCAAUUCAAUUCGAAUCGAAAUCAAAACGCGUCGCGGUUUCGACUCGACGCGAGAAUGACCGCAGCUGCGAUUUAAGGACGUACCGAAAACGCGUACGUAGAAGUGAUUCAUCGUUAUCCGUGAAUUACGAGAGAACACAUAUAGGCCGCGGAAGGAGAAUCGAUAUACGAGAGGUAACAGAGAGACAAGUGCGAUUAAGCGCGAUAUCGAACUGUAACUUAUAGAGGACAUCUUUACUCACCAUUCUCGCGAGAUCCACCGACGAAAGUAAUAUUUUGACGAAAUUAAUAUCACAAAGCAUGAUAGACCUUUCGUGUCUACAAUAGACAUCCUAUGACUUUAUCAUGGAAAUUGAGAAAAUCCUGAGUGACGUUUGAAAAAUGAGAACGCCUAAAAGAUCAGAACGUCUUUCGCAUAAUUGUGUUGCCCGGUUGAAGAAUGAUAUCUCAAUGACCGCAAGCGGAUUUCGCCGAAUGAAAGUCGGAGAAAGCUCUCCUCUAUACGAGACACAUUCGUGCCUACACGAAAACGAUGGUGCUCGAUUAGACCGAUCGUUGAUGACGAUAUUGAGGUACGGUGAUAUAUACGGGGGAGACGGUGAUAAAAGCGAUUUUGUCUUGUCGCUGCAAAACGAGAAGCGAUAGAGUGGCCCUCGGGCCCGGUUUCUAUAGAUUAGUGCGUAAGUUUUUUACCGCCUGUAAGUUACACACGAUUUUUUCCGUUCCAAUUUUACGCGAGAUUUAUUUUUGCCACACGCAUACACGGUACAUAUACGGUAUCGCCCACGUGCUCAUCUGUCAUUCGUUCGAUUAUAUUUAUUGUUCAUUUCUCGCUUGCGUUCGUGAUCAUGUUUUUUUUUAUUCGCGUUCACCGAACGCAGAGGCGCGUUUAUUCGAAAAUCAGUUGUCAGGGAAGCGAGAGACUUAACAGUAUCUCGUUUUGCUUUCGGCGGAGUCGUGCGCGACCAAGAUUUUAUCUCACCGAAUGGCGAAAGAGAGGACGAGCAAGCGAGAGAAUUUUGUAAUAGGCAAAAAAAACGUAAGAAAGAGAAAGAGUGAGUGACGUAAGUGACAUUGAGAAAAAGAGAGGCGAGAACGAUCGAUAUUGUUAUAUAAAUACGAUUAUUACCACACCGAUUAUUUUUUAAUGACUAUUAUGCUUGUUAUCAUUGCGAUUAAUAUAUUAUUGUGCUACUAUUAUUACUGCGAUUACUAUUAAUAUUAUUAAUAUUACGAUUACGUUCACGAGAGAGGGUCAUUAUCAUCAUCAUCAUCGUUCUCUUUCUAUCAUAUACAUGAAUAGAGUUUUUAUAUUUAUCAAUACCCUCAUACGUAUGAUAGCGAGUUGACGUGCAAGAGAAAAGUAUUUAAAAGAGAAGUAGACAGAGAGAUGAGGAGAAAAGUAAAAGAGAGAGAGAAAGGGAGGGAGAGAGAGAGAGAGAGAGAUGAUGACGAUGAAGUAUGUGUACCUAUGUAUUUACGUAUUAUUUAUUGACAAGUAAUAUAAUGACCAGUUAUCUAGGUAGGAUGUUAAAAUUAUGAAAUUCAAUUUAACGAAAAACAAAAUAAAUUAAUAAACUAUUAAAUGAGAAGCUAUUGUCGAUCGAUGAUGAUGCGCGCAGGAUAGAUUAAAUAAACGAUGAAUUUAUUGGAGUAAUUUAAAUAAAAAGUAUAAAAAUAAUAAAAAAAAGAACAAAUAAAUGAUUAGGAACGAGCUUUCACCGAAACAGAUUAGCGGGAAAUAUGAGGGAAGAAAAAAAAUAUAUAUUAUAUAUAUAGAUAUCUAUAUAAUAUAUGAACAAAGUACGUAAGAAAGGAAGUAUAAAAGAGAGAGAGAGAGAGCGAGCGCGUGAGAAAGAGAGAGAGAGAAAGCGAAAAAGAGCGAGAUGUGAAAAAUGUGAGCCUCAACACCUGUACGAACCCCCCAAAAAAUCGCAAUGCUCGACGGGUGUGAGAACAGUGACAUCGGUAAUUUCUUCGAAGAACAAUCAAUAAUAAUAUUCUUAAUUAGAAGAGAAAAAUUGUUGGGCAUCCCGGGCAAUGGAGGAAAGUAACGUCCUUCUCGACGUGCGCUCGCGCCUUUUUCCCCCCUCGAUCGCUUCUUAUUCCACGAGCUGGACGAACGGCACGAAUUGAUAAAAUCAAAAGAUAUGCGCCUUUCCUCCGCUAUAAAAUUUUCUCGGAUAUUCCACGAGCAGCUCUAGUCAGUGAGAAAAUAAAAGGGAAGAAAAUCGUCCAAUCGCAUCCGGUCGAGAGUCUCGUUGAUGCGCAACGAGAGUGAUGGCGAGACUUUUUCGCGUUUCCGAACAACGCAAUAUCGACGAAGACCUCGGACAGAUAUCCAAGGAUCGUCCCGAGGAUGCUCGGGAUGUACCAUGGACGUCACUCUCGGAUGUUCCCUGAUAUUUCGAGUUCCUUACACGAUUACACGAUCGCGGUUCUCACCCGUCGGCGCGUCGCGUUCUUUUCGAAUAACGAAUUAAAAGAGAAAAAAAAA